AUGUCGCAGACCACAACAUCACAGCCAAGUUUCCCGCCACCUGUGAUGUCGCAGACCACAACAUCACAGCCAAGUUUCCCGCCACCUGUGAUGUUGCAGACCACAACAUCACAGCCAAGUUACCUGCCACCUGUGAUGUCGCAGACCACAACAUCACAGCCAAGUUUCCCGCCACCUGUGAUGUCGCAGACCACAACAUCACAGCCAAGUUUCCCGCCACCUGUGAUGUUGCAGACCACAACAUCCCAGCCAAGUUACCUGCCACCUGUGAUGUCGCAGACCACAACAUCACAGCCAAGUUUCCCGCCACCUGUCAUGUUGCAGAGCACAACAUCACAGCCAAGUUUCCCGCCACAUGUGAUGUCGCAGCACAACAUCACAGCCAAGUUUCCCGCCACAUGUGUAGUCGCAGAGCGCAGCACCACAGCCAAGAUUCCAAGAUUUUGUGGUAACAUCAUCUGUCCCAACUUGCUUUUCACCAGUUUAUACAACAAGCCCUGUGGCGGUGCCACAUGCGGCAAUGAAUCCAAGGUUACCUGA